GAUGUACGUUGAGUAAUAUAGUAAUUGAGCCUUCCGUCUCUGAAACUGAGCAGCUGUACAAUGGAUCCUACGUCGUCUUAUGCCACGGUGAAGAUACUUUCAAUACAACGUGGCGAGGACCCGACGGCAAUAUCAUCCAAAAUAAAUACGGAAGGGUUCACAUCGAGGAGACGAUGAUCGAAUUCGAACACCAUUCACUUUUGGUUUUUCAAAACGUAAUCACAGCCGACAGAGGCAAAUACACCUGUACGUCGAACGUCCGUGGUGAAUUGCAGCAGGCAUCGUUCACCAUGUCUGUUGUCAAACGUUUGUAUUUUAAUGAACCGUCGAGACAUCAAAAACUGAUCGAGGGCCACAACAUGAUGGUCAUUUGCGACGCCCACGGUGACCCAACACCCAACGUCACCUGGUACUUCAACGACUAUCCUUUAUUUAAAAAACGUGGAGGAACAAAACGAUUUUCCCAGUUUCACCAAGGUCUACAAAUUAGAAAUGUCUCCUUGGAAGACGAGGGUUCCUAUCUUUGCCAAGCCCUCCAGACGACUUUGAAGUCAACAUUCGUCGAAUAUUUGCCAAUAUAUGUUGAGGUGUUGUAUAAACCGAGAUGGCCUCAGAGUUGGUCCAGCCGAGAUAACGAAGCAUACGGCUACCUAGGUGGAACGACCAACAUAACAUGUCAUGCGGGUGGAAACCCUAUACCGGGAUACGCCUGGACUAAAGAUAACCGGACAUUGGACUUCUCCUACGCCCACGUUAUUCAAGAGGAAAAACGUUCCAUACUUCAAGUGAGAUUAUUCCACAAAAGGGUGCUGGGCAAAUACGAAUGCAUGGCGGACAACAGAGUAGGGAGAAUAUGGAAAACGUUCAUACUCCGUGAGGGAAGAAAACCGGAAACCCCUAUCAGGGUGAGGAUCGCCGCAGUGACUGGGAACACAGCGCUGGUCGCUAUCGACGCCUCAAACGAAAGAACGGCGAUCGGAUUUAGAUUUGAGUUCGUUAAAGUUCACACUUUGGAUUUCUCCCCAGCCUGGAUACAUCCAGAUUACCAAGACGUCCCUAUCACUGACGAUCGUUAUAUGAUAGUCGACCUGAUACCCAACACACACUACAAACUGCGCGUUGCGACCAAAUCCAUUGCAGGCCUCAGCGACUUCACUGAAGAAAUCGGUUUUACAACGUCAAAAGGUCCAAGACUAUCUACGUCGUUUGCCCUGAUCAUCACAUCAGUUAUACUUAAAAAAAUAUUUUCCACAUUGCACACCAAUCCAACAAUGUAAUAUAAAGGGAAAUCGUGUAAAUUUGUAUUAUAGUAUACUUGUUUUUGUAUGUUUUACACAAAUGUACUUUAUUCCGUAACAUUUAUAAAUAAAUUGUCGUAUAUGUAUUGUAAUAAAUUUAUCAAUUCGCCUUAUAAUUACCUAUCUACUUCAAGAUAAGCUUAGCC